AUGUCGUUAAGAGCUGUAUGCAUGUUCAUGCCGAUCGGCGAAGAUCCCCAGGACGGGAACCGCCGCGGAGAGUCAGCACGCACCGACAGGACGGCCUCCGAAGACCCGACGCCGGCGUUUCAUGCUGACCAGAAUCGAAGCGUGGCCCCGACGGCCGCCGCGGUCCUGGACGACCUCUGGGAGGACGUGGACGAUCAGCUCACUCAGGAUGCUUCGUCGUCGCCGGUGAUAGAGCAAUGGGUGACGGUAACCGACGGCCACCUGCCGAGAUCCGCCGUGGCCGCGGGGUUCGACAACGGGUCGCUCUUGUACGCGGGCCGCGCCGAGCACCAGUCGUUUUGGACGCCCUGCCUGGUCGUGCGUGGGUCAAGGCCCUCUUGCCUGGUGAGUGUGGGCGAGGCGAUGGUCUCCCGGAUGCACUUCCAGUAUCUGCUGGAGACCGAUGGCCUGCUGUUCAGCUGGACCACGGCCGGUCGUGGCAGCGCCGUGCCGGACAACGCCGUCAGGGCAGACCAACGCGGCGGACAACUCGUCUUCGGAAGGAUUCCGGGCGCUCAUCUGGAUAAACCGUCUCCCGUGGGCCUGCUGAACCCGUUCAGGCGCAUGCUGUACGGUCCCGACAGCGGCGCGCCGAGGACGGUGCCGGCCUUCGAGGUGCUGUCCAAGCUCCCGGACCUGUACCCCAACGAGCGCUGGCUUCUCACUUCGACGGGCAUGAGCCCCCUCUGGGCACUGGAAGCGGUCCCCCGACAGCGACGAAAAUCUCUCGUCGUCGGCAGAACCGCCAUUCGGGGACGUCUGCUGCCGUGCUCGGCUGACGACCGCGGCUGCCACGUGAUCGACCCGGAGAAGCAGUCGGGUCGCUGUCAGCUGGCGCUCACGUACGAGUACCUGGCCCUCUCUCGCGGCAUCCGGUACCGCUGGCAGCAGUUGAGGGCCCACGGACCGCUACGGUCCACCUAUGUGGUCAUAGGCCACACGGUCCAUGGGCUUCGACUGUCCGUCGGCAGAAGGACUACGGGGAACGGCACGGUGUUAGGCCUCGUCGUUUUUUCGAGGGCCACCAGAGUCCUGCCUAAGAUGAUGAGUUGCGACGUCGACCGCCGGAUUGUUGUCUUCGAGAGGAGCUUUCAGAUCCUCGUCAAGCUUCCCUCCAACGCUGUCUGAGGUUUUAUUUUUAGUUUUGUAC